UUCCGACCAAAGCACCUAGGACGAGAGCCGCCAAACGACGCCAUCAGGAUAACAAUCCCUCGCCCCCGCUGUUGUCGUUGUCGUCGUCCGCGUCCUCUACAACAACAGCUGCCAGAAAAAAUCCGCCACAACCGCAAGAGCAACAGGCCCAGCGGCAGUCUCCACAGAAAGAGGGUAAAGCGCACUUGCCACCCGCCACCACAGCAAUGAGUCGUUCAGGCGCACAGACCACACAAAAGCCAGUCAAUCUGGACGACAUCUGGAGUGAGUUGGAUGAAGGCAUACGCCAGGUCUACGAACAAGAGAAGUCCCUGACCCGCACCCAGUACAUGCGCUUCUACACACACGUCUAUGACUACUGCACCAGUGUGAACGCAGCUCCAAGCGGCCGCAGCAAUGGAAAGACUGGCGGAGCCCAACUGGUGGGCAAAAAGCUAUACGAUCGCCUGGAGCAGUUCCUCAAGACCUAUCUUACCGAGCUGCUGGCCAAGUUCAGGGCAAUUAGCGGCGAAGAGGUGCUCCUGUCGCGGUAUACCAAGCAGUGGAACGCGUAUCAGUUCUCCAGUAUUGUAUUGGAUGGCAUCUGCAACUACUUGAACCGCAACUGGGUGAAGCGCGAGUGCGAGGAGGGACAGAAGGGUAUCUACAAAAUCUACCGCCUGGCUCUGGUCGCCUGGAAGGGGCACCUGUUCCAGGUACUGAACGAGCCCGUCACCAAGGCCGUCCUCAAGUCCAUUGAAGAGGAGCGCCAGGGCAAGCUGAUCAACCGAUCACUGGUGCGCGAUGUGAUCGAGUCCUAUGUGGAAUUAAGCUUUAAUGAAGAUGACUCCGACACGAACCAACAGAAGCUCUCCGUCUACAAGGACAACUUUGAGAGCAAAUUCAUAGCCGACACAGCCGCUUUCUACGAGAAAGAGUCCGAUGCGUUCCUAUCAAACAACACGGUGACUGAAUAUCUCAAGCACGUUGAGAAUCGCCUGGAGGAGGAGAAACAACGCGUCCGUGGCCUGAACUCAAAGAACGGCCUUUCGUACCUGCACGAUACCACAGCAGAGACUCUUAAGUCAACAUGCGAGCAGGUUCUCAUCGAGAAGCAUCUCAAAAUAUUCCACACCGAGUUCCAGAAUCUGUUGAACGCAGAUCGAAAUGAUGACCUUAAGCGCAUGUACUCUUUGGUUGCACUUUCACCGAAAAACCUGGCAGAUCUGAAGACCAUCCUCGAGCAGCACAUACUGCAUCAGGGCACCGAAGCCAUUGUCAAGUGCUGCACCACCGAUGCGUUAAACGAUCCCAAGACAUAUGUCCAAACCAUACUCGAUGUACAUAAAAAAUAUAAUGCCCUCGUGCUGACGGCAUUCAACAAUGACAACGGAUUUGUGGCCGCAUUGGACAAGGCAUGCGGAAAGUUCAUCAAUUCGAACGUGGUUACGGCUGCGAACACGGCCAGCAAAUCGCCGGAACUGCUUGCCAAGUACUGCGAUAUUUUGCUAAAGAAAUCAUCCAAGAAUCCCGAGGACAAGGAGCUCGAAGACAACCUGAACCAGGUGAUGGUCGUAUUUAAGUACAUAGAGGAUAAGGACGUCUUCCAGAAAUACUACUCUAAGAUGCUCGCAAAGCGUUUGGUGAACCACACAUCAGCAUCCGACGAUGCCGAGGCCAUGAUGAUCUCUAAGCUGAAGCAGACCUGUGGCUAUGAGUACACGGUCAAGCUUCAGCGCAUGUUCCAGGACAUUGGCGUCUCCAAGGACCUCAACUCCAACUUUAAGGAGCACCUGCUGACGAACAAUGUCGUAUCCGAAAUUGAUUUCGGCAUCGAGGUCCUCUCCUCCGGCUCGUGGCCCUUCCAGCUGAGCAACAACUUCCUGUUGCCGUCAGAGCUUGAGCGAUCCGUACGUCAAUUCAACGAAUUCUAUGCCGCCCGUCACUCCGGCCGCAAGCUGAACUGGCUGUAUCAAAUGUGCAAGGGAGAGCUGAUCAUGAACGUGAAUCGCAACAACACGUCGACAGUGUACACCCUGCAAGCUAGUACCUUCCAGAUGUCGGUGCUCUUACAGUUCAACGACCAGCUCAGCUUCACAGUCCAACAGCUGCUGGAAAACACCCAGACCCAGUUGGAAAGCUUGAUUCAGGUUUUGCAAAUAUUGCUCAAGGCAAAGGUUUUGACGUCCACCGAUAAUGAGAACUCAUUGACGCCCGAGUCAACUGUGGAGCUGUUCCUGGACUACAAGAAUAAGAAGCGCCGCAUUAACAUAAACCAGCCUCUGAAGACUGAGCUUAAAGUGGAGCAGGAGACUGUACAUAAACACAUUGAGGAGGACCGUAAGCUGUUGAUACAGGCCGCCAUUGUGCGCAUUAUGAAGAUGCGCAAGCGCCUCAACCACACCAAUCUAAUCUCCGAGGUGCUCAAUCAGCUGUCGACGCGCUUUAAGCCCAAGGUGCCCGUCAUUAAAAAGUGCAUCGACAUUCUGAUUGAGAAGGAGUAUUUGGAGCGCAUGGAGGGACACAAAGACACAUAUAGUUAUCUUGCCUAAGGUUAUUUUAAAUUUAAAACUGUACGCUGAUUCAUCAACGUCAACCAUACAAAAAAUAUCAUUAUUGCUGUAGUACCCGCUCCGAUCCCUCCCACCCUUCUGAACACCCAAAUAAACUGCCGCCUCAAUAAUCAAA